AUGUGCAAUAUGUCAGUGAGUGAUGAGAUCAUCAUGAUCCCCCAUCCUGCUCUUGUAGUGCCUGCUGGGCCUGCUGAUCUGUGUCAGUGUUGGUGUUCUGUGUGUGUGGGCUGGGCUGCCUGCUGUCACAUCGUUUUAUUUCCCUCCAUUGCCUGGGGAAUUCCAGACUGGGAUCUAUCAGAGUGUGGAUCCAUCAUCCUCCACUCACUGCAAUUGUGACCCUGCUACUGCCAGCCACAGAUACAAUCCGUCUGUGACACUGACUUUGUCUUUAAUAUUGGUGCUGGUGGCAUCUUAUGGCAC